AUGGCGGUGCCCGUCGCCAAGUCCUUCUACGACCUGAGUGCCACCACCUUGCAGGGGGAGAGGGUGGACUUCAACGUCUUCCGAGGCCGCGUGGUCCUCAUCGAGAACGUGGCGUCCCUCUGAGGCACCACGGUGCGGGAUUACACCCAGCUCAACCAGCUCCAAGCCCGCUACCCGCGCCGGCUGGUCGUGCUGGGCUUCCCCUGCAACCAAUUCGGCUACCAGGAGAACGGCACCAACGAGGAGAUCCUCCCCCUCCUGAAGCACGUGCGGCCGGGGGGCGGCUUCGAGCCCAACUUCACCCUGUUCCAGAAGUGCCAGGUGAACGGGCAGGACACCCACCCCGUGUUCGCCUACCUGAAGGCUCAGCUGCCCACGCCGGCCGACGAGGCCUCGCACCUGAUGGCCGAGCCCCGCUUCGUCAGCUGGAGCCCCCUGCGCCGCUCCGACCUCUCCUGGAACUUCGAGAAGUUCCUGGUGGGGCCCGAGGGGGAACCGUUCCGGCGCUACAGCCCCCGCACGCCCACGGCACAGCUGGAGCCCGACAUCCAGCGCCUCCUCAAGCUGGCCAAGUAG